AUGUCUGAGUUGAACUUGGGCCCCGUUGAGGCACGCAACAUCAAGACAUCAUGGUCUAAAUUGGACAAGCAACAAUUUUUUAGCAAAUUAUACCCCAAUUUGUUGGACCAGAAUAGAUCGCUAUACCAGAUUUUCAAUAAUGACGAUGCCGUUGUGAGACAGCACUCGGAAAUUUUUGCCGAUUGUUUGACCUUUAUCGUUGCCCACAUUGAGGAGCAGGCCCUCUUGGAGGAGUUUUUGUUUCAAUUUGUCAACGAGAACCAAAGGUUUGCUCGCACAUCGGUCAAGUACCUUGACCCCAUGGGAAAUGCUUUUAUAACUACUUUUAAACAAGUGUUGAACACUCAGUGGACGAGUGUUGUCGAGUUGGUGUGGAUCAAAGUCUAUGUCUUUAUCGCUAAUUCAAUCUUGGGAUUUGAAGAAGAGGUAAAGAGCGAAGUCAGCUCGUUUAACGAGGCUGAUGUGCCGCCAUUAAAUAUCCAAAGAGGUCUUUCGCACCGUGUUUCAGUUGCCGAGUCAAAGCCUACAACACCACGCUUGGAUACUCACAGGCCUCCUCCUCCUCCUCCAGUUGCUGCUGCUGCUGCUGCUGCCAUGGGCAGUUCCCUUGCCACGCCGCCACGUUCUCCAUCGACUCCACCCAAGAUGGAUUACAACGUUACCCCACAAUCGGUUAGAACCAACUCGUCGAUAUUGAACAAUUACAAUUCGAUUGAGAUUGACUUGAAGUCAAACUCAAAAUACAAGGGUUUCAGAAGAUCGCAAGAAAUUGCUCUGUCGCCCAUCCAAGUUGAAAUUCCAAAGUCUGAAUCGUUCCAAAAGGUUCACUCUAACAUUUCAAGCAAUUUAAAGUCCAUGUUGUUGUCGUCUGACUCGUCCAAUGAUGAUGAGCUUGAUUCUCUUGCAAGCCCAAGAAGAUCAGCAGGUGGAUUUGAUCCAAGAAGAAAGAGAAGUAACUCUGGUAGUUCGCUCAGUACUCUGGAAAGAGCUUUGCCUGCCCUUGCUGAAACUCCAAGAAAGUUGGUUCCACAGACUCCUAGAUCCAGCAGAAGAAUCGAGGACAUUGGUGCCAUUCAUCAUGACGAGGAAGAAGAACGUGAUGAAUUUGUAACUCCUAGAACUAGCAGAAGAGGCUCCUUUUCAGAAACUUACCAAGCCACGUCUAUAUUCACCAAGUUGCAGAAUAAAAAGCAAAACAAUUUAUCAUCAUCAUUGGCUACUUAUGACGAAGACAACAACAAGUCUGACGAUUCGAUUGAAGCUGCUCCAUAUGAUCCAAGACUGAGAAAGAGAGCCGACUCCAACAAGGUGUUUUUGAUUCCAUCGCCUGAAUCUUCCGAUGUCGAUGAAAAGGAGGAGGAGAUCUUUAUCAAGAAGCAAGAAAGACGUACUCCUGUUGCUGCUCCCGUCAUUCCACCAAUUACAACCUCGGUGCCUGAAAAGAGAACUAAUAUUAUAACUGGCACAUUUGAUCACCAAUCCUUUGGCUUGAAAGGUCUUGCUCCUAUUGUUGAAGACGAUGACCGUUCAUCCAAAUACGACUCUGAUGGAGAGAACAAGUUGACUGCUAAAAGAUCUGGUUCCAGUUCUGGAGACUCGUCGGAUUCAAGAACAUCGUCAUUGUCAUUGCACAACUCUGAUUACAAGUCGUCAAUCAAUUCGAGUGUUGGGCCAUCUGAUGCUCCUCUCACCUCUAAAGGAACUGCUGCUAUUAGCCACCAAGGACAUCGCCAGCAACAACACUUGAGAACGCAUUCCAAUGCCUCUGACGAUUUCCAAUUUAACCCACCUGCACCAGCAUCACCUAAAAGAUCUGGCCACAAGAGAAACCAAUCAAACAUUUCAUUGAACAAGAGCUGCUCAGCCUCAGUUGUUUCAUUGCAAUCCUCAUCGAGAGCCUCGUUGGGUUUUAUGAGAUCGUCAUAUGUCUUGAAGAAGGAAAUUGAGCAACAAGGCUUUAACCACCCGGAAAAUGUGGUGUCGAUGCCUAAUUCGCCCAGGUUGGCACCAAAGACCUCGAUGGGUUCGAUGAAGCCACCUAGACAAGUGUACCUGAUGAAGUCCUAUUCGGCUGUUUCUCUUGGUGGUGCUGGUGCUGGUGCUGUUGGCAAUAACAUGUCGCGCAGCACUCAAAGCUUUGUUGAUGCCAAAGAGGAUACUUCUGAAGUAGGCAGUAUUCGUCGUCCGUCGUUGCCAAUGCAUCUUGCACCACAAAGGGCUAGUCAAUCUGCAGCCAAGACUGAAAAGAAAGGGUUUAUGCUGAGGAUUGCCUCAUUUUUUUCAUCAUCUAAACCAUCGUCGCCUGUGACAUCACCAAAUCAAUCCUCUGCUCCAUCGAGAAAGCAGUCUUUGAGUAUGGGAAGCUCCCAGACGGGAGGCGUGCCAUAUGAAUCAACAGAGCCAAGAUCCACUCAUACCUACACCUCGGCUCCAGUUCAUGCUUCCAAACCUGCCACUUCAUGCAAUGCUUCCACCAUGAGCCAUUCCAAGCAAGGGUCAUCCUUGUUUGCUGCAGAAGCUCACCCAGGCAGUACCCAAUAUGCAACCAAUUUGUCGUCGCAAACUUCGACGUGUGCUUCCAUGGGCAAACCAACUAGUCUAUUUGCUGGAGGUGCAAAUGGACGCUACAAGUAUGGUGGCUCGCACCACGAUUUGACCUCAACGUACUCUGCCGAUACCACUGGCACUGGCUUGAGCACUUUUUUCAAGAAGCACAAUGGAACCGAUGUCAAGUUUGUUCCACCACCCACGAAGCACACGAGAAAAGGUAACAAGUACAAUGUGAGAAAAGUUCCUUACAAUGUGUUUGCCUAG